AUGGCGAGAAACUGGUUGUUUCGAUCUCUGACCCUUCGACAUGCGAUAAAGAAUAGGGUUCGCCCAAUCCUCUUCCACGCUCACCACCGCUUUCUCUCACUCCCAUCCAAACCCUCUCUCUUCGCCACCGCCAUCGCCUCCUCUCAGCUCUCUUUCCUCCCAUCCUUCCACCACUCCCGUUCCCUCUCCUCCGCCGCAGGUCCUUCCGACGUUGUCCUUGUUAAUUCAGAGGAAGAGUUCAACAAAAUCCUUACCAAAGUCAGAGAUGACUCGUCGCACGCUAUCUUCUAUUUCACUGCGGUUUGGUGUGGACCUUGCAGGUUUAUCACUCCUAUAGUUGGGGAGCUCAGUAAGAAGUAUCCUCAUGUGACAACAUACAAGAUUGACAUUGAUCAGGAAGCAAUUCAAGGCACGUUGGGCAAAUUGCAGAUUACAUCUGUGCCUACACUUCAUUUCUUUCAGAAUGGGAAAAAAGUGGAUGAGCUUAUAGGUGCUGAUGUCACGCGAUUGAACAAUAUCACAGAGAAACUGUUCAAGUAA